CGCGUGUGUAACCACGUCUGCGACUCGUGCGCAUCCGAUCAAACAUCGUACCGCUCGCAAUGGAUAUCAACGAAAUUACACUGUGAUUUUUUGAAUAUCUUAAUAACGACAAAUCCAUCAUGUUUAUUUAAAUACUGUGAAAUAAAAGUGACAUUACCAAGUGUGAAAGGAAUAAGAACCGUUAAAAUGAAAUUCUUUUUCUAUAUUGGUGUGGUUCUGCUCUCUAAGACAUUAGAUGCCGAAUUAUAUUCUGAUUACAACAUACUCCAAGAUGUGAUUAAAGUUUAUGAAAAGUAUACUUCGGAUUCGGAAAGAAUAAACUUUAUAGAUGGACCAGAUGGCGAUACCGCAUUCGAAUUUGACAACACAAGCAGAGUUCUAUCACCAAUAAGCAAUACUACAUUAAACAAUCUCAUGCUUUCUAGUCCUUUCAUUUUAAGUGUUAUGUUUAAAUUCGACGAAAGUGAUUAUUCUUGCUUGUUUGCUAUCAAAAAUUUAGAAAACUUAGUAAAGUUAAGAUUGUGUGUUACACCAAAAGCUCCCGAUGUUUUUGAACUAAACAUAGAUAGCGUUGGCCUUAGAGAAAACGUAAAUUUAGUCGUGUAUGAAGAUCUAAGUGUAAAUUGGGUGGAUAUAUACAUAGUUUUUGACAAAACAAUAACACUUUACACUAAAUGUUCGCCUAUUAAUACUUUUAUACCAAAAGAAGAAAUGGAGGAUGUUUAUUUUUCAAGUGACGAUUGGAUUUACAUUGGUCAGUCAGGGGUCGAGGAGAGUGAUCCAUUCAGAGGGGCCAUUCACAAAAUUGUUUUAUACCCGGAUACGGGCAACAUAGAAAGUGUUUGCAAUAAUGAUAUUUAUCUCCCCGAAAGUUUCAAAGAUGACUUAACUCUACCACCCCCCGAGGGUGGGGAUGACAGAGUAGAAGUAAAUAUGAAAGGCGAUAAAGGUGAAAAGGGCGAUAUAGGGGCAAGAGGAGAAAGGGGAGAAAUGGGAAUGAAAGGAGAAAAAGGAGACAAGGGAAGCGCAGGAUUGUCCAUAACUGGGCCACAAGGUCCUCAAGGUCCAAUAGGACCUCAAGGGCCAAUCGGUAAAGAAGGCCCCAAAGGAGAAGAAGGAGCAUGUCAUUGUUCAGAAUCAGUUGUAUCGAGUAUAAUAAAGAAAAUGCCUGAAAUGAAAGGCCCACGAGGUGAACCCGGUCCUAGAGGAGAAGAUGGCGAUACUGGAGCAACUGGAGAAACAGGACUACCUGGAAAACAAGGUGAAAGAGGUCCAAAAGGUUCAACCGGUGAGAAAGGUGACAAAGGCGACGACGGUACGCCAGGGAAAGACGGUCAAAAUGGAUUGAAGGGUGAACCAGGGCGAGAUGGGCCGAUAGGCCCACCGGGACCUAAAGGGGAGAUUGGUCACCCUGGACCACCUGGACUGGCAUGUGAGCGGGAAAACUUUCCAAUACCUGGCGACAAAGGAGACGUUGGACCUCAAGGGCCUCCUGGCCCCCGCGGUGAAAAGGGAGAGAAAGGCGAAAGAGGUGUAAUGGGCGAGCGUGGCUUACCAGGUGAUUUGGGACAUACAGGCCCGCAAGGAAAACAAGGUGAAAAGGGGGAAGUCGGUAACCCAGGCUUAAACGGCAAGCCUGGUGUACCUGGUACACAUGGUAAACAUGGUCUUGAUGGUGCUAAAGGUGACAAAGGUGAACAGGGUCUUCCAGGAAUACCAGCUAAACUGUCAUCUAUAUUAGACGACGACUUAGACCCUGAUGAAAUAUCUAUGGUAGUUGAAAAGUUAAAAGGAUAUAAAGGAGAGCGAGGAAUUAAGGGUGAUAAAGGUGAAAAAGGACAAAACGGUACCAUCGGUAUUCCUGGAGCUGCUGGACGUCGCGGUGAUCGAGGAGAAAAGGGUGAUACAGGAUCGACGGGACCCAAAGGGAACAAAGGCGAGAAAGGUGGAACUGGCCCACCAGGGGUAGUAUCGAUGUCUGACUUGAGUCGUCUGAAGGGUCCUAAAGGAGACCGUGGCCAUACAGGAAAGCCUGGUCCUCGUGGAUAUGCAGGACAUAACGGCGCAAAGGGAUCAGUGGGCCCUAUGGGUCAGAAAGGCUCCAAAGGUGAUACGGGUGUUCCUGGACCAAUGGGUCCCAAAGGCUCAACAGGUGCUGCGGGAACAAGAGGUGAAAAGGGUGAAAGAGGCGAAAUACCAGAGAUAAACCUGGAAAAGCUCAAAGGGGAAAAAGGUGAAAGAGGUCCAUUGGGACCUCCAGGAGAGCCCGGCAAAAUGGGCCCACCCGGUUUAUGCCAAAAGACUGAAGAUAGUUUACCGGUACCAGGACCACCCGGUCCACCCGGUCCACCCGGGUCUCCAGGUCCACCGGGUACACCCGGUUCACCCGGCAUAUCCGUGACUGGACCUAAAGGAGAGCCUGGAGGAAUUGUUUCUACUAAGACUUUGUAUAGCUUUAGUGAUUAUCCAGUUAGUAAUGGAGAUGAUGAUGAUGAUGAUGACGGUUUUAAUAAAAUGGAAACAAUGAUUUACAAAACAUCAAAGGGAUUAAAAAGAAGAACUAGGUCAACACCGGUGGGGACCCUCGCUUAUGUUUUGGAAGAAAAAGUACUAUUGUUAAGGGUUGAUCGUGGUUGGCAAUAUAUUGUGAUGGGGUCUUUGUACCACGAGAGAGCGCAUAAACCAAAUGCUCCUUUGCGAACAAAUCAUAAUGAAAGGCGAAGAAAAAAUUUCAUUCGAUUAGUAGCGCUCGAUGAACCCUAUGCGGGUAACAUGGAGACAGGAACAAAUCGCACAGGUCGAAAGACUGUUGAUCAAGAAUGUCAUGUUCAGUCCAAGAAAGCUGGAUUUACAGGAACAUUUGCUGCUUUUCUCGCAAACAAGGUGGAAGACUUGAAGUCUAUCCUCAAGACUGCAGACAAGGAUGUUGCCGUACUUAACAUUCAUCAGCAACUUCUGUUCGAUUCGUGGAUCGAUAUGUUUAACGACUCUGGAACGGUGGCUUUUAAAUCGGAUAUUUACAGUUUUAGCGGCAAAAAUGUACUUAUUGAUCCUACGUGGCCGAUCAAAGCUGUAUGGCACGGAGGAACGUCAUUAGGAGUGCGAUCGCCGAAAUAUUUUUGUCGAGAAUGGCUGACAGAUAGUCCCAAAUAUUUCGGUAGUGCUGCCAAAAUAAAUGACAAUAAGCUAGCAAUACAUGAAAAGUACACAUGCGAUAAUAAACUCAUCGUACUAUGUGUCGAAGUACGACCUAAUGUUGUAAGACGUCAGAGGCAUAUAUCGAGACGUCGUCUUGCGUAUGAACGUUUAUUAAAUAGUAACAUCUGAUAUUACAAUUACUUAUUU